GAGCAGCCAUGGGCGCUGGGGUGCCGGGCCCCCCGAGAGCCGAGGCCCCCGGCCGGGGUGGGGGACACCCGGACUGCCAGCCCCGCUGACACCGCCUCGGACGAUGUGAGCCGGCGCCUCCGCCGCUGCUUCGCGGGCAGGGCGCGCGGUCCCACCGGCCCUGGCCGCCGCUUCUCUAAUUUGGGUGGGGGCGACCGUAGCAGGCCGCUCGGGCUCUGAAAGAGGGGCUGUCUGUCUGUGGCAGCUGGAUUGGGGGAGGCGACCCACACAGGGCGCUCGGAGAUUUUUUUUUCCUUUUUUUUUUUUUAAGCGGGGUUAACUGUUUUUGGCAGCUUGGUUUUGGUUUGGGGGGAGCCUAAAAAAGGCCUUCCGGGGUUUCUUUUCGGGGGGGAGGGGGCGGUGGUCCCGACUUGGCCAGCCGCCUGUUGGAGGGGGGGAGCGGGAAGCGAGGGGAUGCGCCCCCGUCUCCCCCCACCAUGAUGAAGACGGAGCCGCGGGGGCCCGGGGGUCCCCUCCGGAGCGCCUCCCCGCACCGCAGCGCCUACGAGGCGGGCAUCCAGGCACUGAAGCCGCCCGAAGCGCCCGGGCCCGACGAGGCGCCCAAGGCGGCCCACCACAAGAAAUAUGGCUCCAACGUCCACCGCAUCAAAAGUAUGUUCCUGCAGAUGGGCACGACGGCGGGGCCGCCGGGCGAGGCGGGCGGCGGCGCGGGCCCCACGGAGGCCCUGCGGGCGCCCGAGCGCGGCGUGCGCCUGUCGCUGCCGCGGGCCAGCAGCCUGAACGAGAACGUGGACCAUAGCGCCCUGCUCAAGCUGGGCACCAGCGUGUCGGAGCGCGUGAGCCGCUUCGACUCCAAGCCCGCGCCCUCGGCGCAGCCCGCGCCGCCGCCGCACCCGCCGUCCCGGCUGCAGGAGACGCGGAAGCUGUUCGAACGAAGCGUCCCAGCGGCCGCGGGCAGCGACAAGGAGGCCGCGGCGCGGCGGCUACUGAGGCAGGAGCGCGCCGGCCUGCAGGACCGGAAGCUGGACGUCGUGGUGCGCUUCAACGGCAGCACCGAGGCGCUGGACAAGCUGGACGCCGACGCCGUGUCGCCGACGGUCAGCCAGCUCAGCGCAGUCUUUGAGAAGGCCGACUCGAGGACCGGCCUCCACCGUGGGCCCGGGCUCCCCAGGGUCGCGGCCGCCGGGGCUCCCCAGGUCAACUCGAAGCUGGUCAGUAAGCGGUCCCGGGUGUUCCAGCCGCCGCCACCGCCGCCGCCGCCGCCCGCGCCGUCGGGGGAUGCGCCGGCCGAGAAGGAACGCGGCCCCGCAGGGCAGCAGCCUCCGCAGCACCGAGUGGCCCCUGCCCGGCCGCCCCCCAAGCCCCGGGAGGUGCGCAAGAUUAAGCCCGUGGAGGUGGAGGAGAGCGGGGAGUCGGAGGCCGAGGCGGCGCCCGGGGAGGUGAUUCAGGCGGAGGUGACGGUCCACGCGGCCCUGGAGAAUGGCAGCGCCUUGGCAACCACUGCCAGCCCCGCGCGCGAGGAGCAGAAGGCCCAGGCGGCCCCCGAGGAGGCCACGGCGACCGUGGCGGCGCCUGAGAGAGGGGUGGGCAACGGCCGGGCCCCGGACGUGGCCCCCGAGGAGGCGGAUGAGUCCAAGAAGGAGGACUUUUCGGAGGCGGACUUGGUGGACGUGAGCGCCUACAGUGGGCUGGGGGAGGACUCUGGGGGCAGUGCCCUGGAGGAGGACGACGAAGAAGACGAGGAGGAUGGGGAGCCCCCCUAUGAGCCCGAGUCGGGGUGCGUGGAGAUACCGGGGCUCUCGGAAGAGGAGGACCCGGCCCCGAGCAGGAAGAUCCAUUUCAGCACGGCGCCCAUCCAAGUGUUCAGCACCUACUCCAACGAGGACUACGACCGGCGCAACGAGGACGUGGACCCCAUGGCCGCCUCGGCUGAGUAUGAGCUGGAGAAGCGGGUAGAGAGGCUGGAGCUGUUCCCUGUGGAGCUGGAGAAGGACUCCGAGGGCCUGGGCAUUAGCAUCAUCGGCAUGGGGGCUGGGGCCGACAUGGGCCUGGAGAAGCUGGGCAUCUUCGUGAAGACGGUGACCGAGGGCGGUGCGGCCCACCGGGACGGCAGGAUCCAAGUGAAUGAUCUCCUGGUGGAGGUGGAUGGCACGAGUCUGGUUGGAGUGACCCAGAGCUUCGCAGCCUCCGUGCUCCGGAAUACCAAGGGUCGCGUGCGGUUUAUGAUUGGCCGGGAGCGUCCAGGCGAGCAGAGCGAGGUGGCCCAGCUAAUUCAACAGACCCUGGAACAGGAGCGAUGGCAGCGGGAGAUGAUGGAGCAGAGAUACGCCCAGUAUGGGGAGGACGACGAGGAGACAGGAGAAUAUGCUACCGACGAAGAUGAGGAGCUGAGUCCCACGUUCCCGGGUGGUGAGAUGGCCAUCGAGGUGUUUGAGCUGGCGGAAAACGAGGAUGCCUUGUCCCCUGUGGACAUGGAGCCCGAGAAGCUGGUGCACAAGUUCAAGGAGCUCCAGAUCAAGCACGCUGUGACUGAGGCAGAGAUCCAGCAGCUGAAAAGGAAGCUGCAGAGCCUAGAGCAGGAGAAGGGGCGGUGGCGGGUGGAAAAGGCCCAGCUGGAGCAGAGCGUGGAGGAGAACAAGGAGCGCAUGGAAAAGCUGGAGGGCUACUGGGGCGAGGCCCAGAGCCUGUGCCAAGCUGUGGACGAGCACCUGCGGGAGACCCAGGCCCAGUACCAGGCCCUGGAGCGCAAGUACAGCAAAGCCAAGCGCCUCAUCAAGGACUACCAGCAGAAGGAGAUCGAGUUCCUGAAAAAGGAGACCGCACAGCGGCGGGUUCUGGAAGAGUCAGAGCUGGCUAGGAAGGAGGAGAUGGACAAGCUCCUGGAUAAGAUCUCAGAACUGGAAGGAAACCUGCAAACACUGAGGAAUUCCAAUUCUACUUAACAGGAAUCAUUCCUUGACCGGACAAUAAUUAAUCCCCUCCUGUUGUCCUCCCUCCCCUGUCCUCAAUACUUCACCCCACCCCCUACCAGCCUGGGGACAGGUGCCCCGACUUCCCCACCCUCCACCCCACCUCCCCCAGCUUCAGGGACCAGAGGGCCUGGGCAGACAGAGGUGGCUGGAAGGACGGCCUCCUUCUUGCCCUAUGGGGCUGAGGCACAGAGGCCAAGGGAUGUGAGGGUUGGCCUGGGUGGUGGACGGACACAAGGACCUGCAGACCAUACUGCCAGACUUUACAACCUCCAGCCUUUGUCUCUGGACUGGAAUGGGGCUGGGGGCUCUCCCAGCAUCUCACCACCUGGAGGCUGCUCCCUGCCCACGGGGCUCCUAGGUGGCCCCUGGGCCUCUUCACUUGAGAUUCUACCUUCUUGGCCCUUUCCCUGUCCCCCAUCAUUGUGCUGUCUCUGUUGCAUUCUGACCCUCCCGCUGGGAGGGGCUGCCUCCACACCUCCCCCAAUCCUGGUCCCCCGACCCAGGAGGGAUAGAGCCCACCCUUGACCCUGGAGGCUGGGCCUGGCCCUGCACUGAUUUCUCAUGCACCCUUCAGGAAAAGGGAAGAGUCCAGGACACCUGGUUCCCAGCUCCCCCUUUCUUGGGGCAGCAGCCCUCAAUUUUUCCUUGUGCCUCCCCACCCCCAGGUGCCAAAUAGCCAUAACCUUCUCCUCCUCCUCCUGGAACUGUUCUGUGGCCUCCCUGGGCUCCAGGUUUCCUGGCCAAGCCUGGGAAGGCUAGGGAGGAGAGGUCAGCUUAGGGGGCCUGGCUACAGAGCCCCUGGUCGUAGGCAAGGGGAACAUUUCCCACUGGAGAGCCAGGCCCUGCCCUGUCCAGGGCCACACCUGGAGGCCUUGUACUAACAUCGCAGAUUCAGCCUCACUGCACCCACACCCACAAUUUUCCAAGGUUUUGACUGAGGGCAAAAUUUUACUACUACUUAUCUUUUUGGAGACCAGGGCUGCCCCACUGGCAGCCUGCUUUCUAAGUGAAUCCGCUCCGUUUCCCCACUUUAACCCCAAAUUGGGGCUCGGACCAAGGGAGGUGAGACCCCCCCCCCCCAGGUCCCCUCCCCAUUCAGGAUCCAUCUCAUAUUGCCUCUUCCUCCUGCCCUUGCCCCAGACUGGAUUUUUGUUCAUUUUUUAAAAACAGACAGCCCCCAUCAUAUCCGUUUGGGCUUCUCGUCCCCUGUAAAUAGACCAAGCCAUCUAUCAGUAUUUCUCGGCCCCCUCCCCCCCCCCGCCCCCAGACGUGCCCCUACCCCCUGAAAGAGCUGGCUGUCUCAGUACCCGGGCCCCUGUGCUUCACCUCCCCUGCCGAGGCAGAGGGAGGGGGCGGGGCCAGGUGGGCGGGGCCACAGGGCGCUUCCGGUCUCUCGGGCCAGUACCGCCCCUGCCCCCGCCCCC